AUGGAUGCACAAAGCCAAUUACAUGCUACAACAAAGCUAUAUGAUGCAGCACUCAAGGGAGACGUACCUUCAUUGCUCAACUUGCUCGGAGAAGACCCACUUAUCCUUGAUCGAUGCAUUAUCGAAAAAUCAGGAAAGUAUAUGCAGUCGCCAUUACAUGUAGCAGCAAAUUUUGGGCAUGUAAACUUUACUAACAAGUUAAUAGAAAAAAAGCCAAAACUAGUAGAGGUGGUUGAUCACAUAAAAAGAUCAUCACCCCUACACAUUGCCUGUGCCGAAGGGCACUUGCAAAUCGUCGAAACCUUGCUUGUGGUGAAUUCGAGCAUUUGCUACACACAUGACCAAGAUGGUAAGACGCCUGUUCACGUAGCUGCCAUAAAUGGUCAAAUUGACGUACUUAGAGCUCUUCUUAAUUUAGAGCCACAAGCUGCUCGGGAGCGAACUAUGGGUGGUGAAAGUGUGUUGCAUUUGUGUGUGAAACAUAAACAACCAGAGGCUUUGAGGUUUUUGGUAAAAACGAUGGAUGAUGGUGAGUUGCUUAACCUCGAUGAUGCCCUUGGUAAUACCGUCUUGCACCUAGCUGUGGCUGCCAAACAACCAGAG